GAUAAAUCCAUUAUCCAAAAAGUAAAGGGUCUUCAGGUAAAAUUCCAGGGUCCAUUUCAUAAUUAAAAAUAUCAGAAUGACGAAAAGCUCUGGAUCGUCGGCAGCGGCGGCGGCGUCAUGGAGUCCUCGUCUCCUCGUCAGCGUUUCUUCUCAUCUCUCGAUCUCGUUGAGAAGAGAAUGGCAUCAGAAAGCGCAAAGAAAACCCUAACCGAAGCCAAUCCGAUCCCCUUCUCAUCCUCCUCCAAUGAUCAGCUCAGAUCUCCUCUCUACCUCCUCAACACGAACCCCAUUCCCGUCUCCGGCACCAGCAGCAGCGGCCCUCCGCUCGAUUUCCUAUCGAAUGAUUCGCCUCAGGAGCAGCGAUCUUCCGAUGAUGGUGAUGGGGAUGAAAUCGAACAACUGAUUGAACUACUCGGCGGAGAGAAAGGGAUCAACUUGAAAUGCGAGAAGGAAGAGAGCAGGUUGGAUGGGUGGAUAGAGUAUUACCGGAGAGAGAGGAAGGAGCCGGCGAGGCUGGCGCAUUUGCUCCUGGGCAAAGCUGUGUCUUUUUCCGGCGAUGGAGCGUUUGCGGGAUUAGGGUUUCCGAGCACCGUCCACGACUUCUUGCGAAAUGAUCCGCCGAUGAGAUAAGCUUACCGACAACCGAGGGAUUUGAAGAAGAAUCAAUGAGGCAAAGUAUAAGGAAAAAGAAAUUGCCACUCCGGCGACGAAAUUGUGC